AUGCGGCUGCUGUGGGUCUCCACCCGACCUGCUGAGUGGAUUCCCGGGGUGCCCAAAGCAGCUGUGCAGCACGAGUCUGCACCUGACACCCUGUCUCAAGAAGAGGAGUCAAAGGCUGCUGAUGCUCUGCUUUUCAGCCCACCACCUCCCUCAAUAAUCCCCUUCCACCAAGCAUGCCGUUCAACCGCACCGCUGAAGAGGGAAAGUGGUUCUGGAAAAGGAGGGAAAGGAGGCGCAGCCUCUGAGAGCGACAGUGCUGACAAGAAGUCUCAGGGUCCUAAAGGUGGUGGCAAUGCAGUAAAGGUCAGACACAUUCCAUGUGAAAAACAUGGGGAAAUCAUGGAAGCCAUGGAAAAGUUAAAGUCUGGGAUGAGAUUCAGUGAAGUGGCCACACAAUAUAGUGAUGAUAAAGCCAGACAAGGGGGUGACUUGGGUUGGAUGACCAGAGGAUUCAUGGUGGGGCCAUUUCAAGAAGCAGCAUUUCCCAUACUUGUAAGUGGGAUGGAUAAGCCUGUGUUUGCAGACCCACCAGUUAAGACAAAAUUUGGACAUCAUAUUAUUAUGGUUGAAGGGAGAAAAUAA